AUGGAGGAUUCUAAUGAAGAAAUCAAAGAUAUUGCAAUACAGGAUAUGCCGUCCGAAUUGCAACAAAUCGAAAACGAAAGCAAAGAACCGAAGAUUUAUAGUGAAAAUGAGGAUUUGGAAAAAUCACAUGAGAAAGGGACAUGUGAGGGCUAUUCAAGUAAAAUCAAUAUUAACGGACAAAAUGUAUUGAUAGUAAAGAAUGAAGAUGAUGUAGUGAGUGGCAAGUUAGCACCAAACUGUUGCGUUAUAGGAUCACCAGAACAUGUAGCGGUCUUAAAAGCAAAAAUCGAUGAACUAAAAUUGAACACGCAAAACUACGACAAAGAACGUGCAAGACUUGAACAAGAGCGUACCGAAGCGCAAUCAAGAGCCGAAGAGGUUGGACGACAGCUUGACAAACUCGUAGCUGAGCUAAAGCAACUUGGCCAAGGAGAUACAGAUUCUGAUCAAACCAUACAUGCGACAGUGCACACUUAUGGUCAUCUUCGAAAAUUGGAAAUUAUAGCGGACGAGGAAGAGGAAGAGGAUAAUUACGAGAGAUUAAUAAGAAAACCAAGAGUACGGCAGUAUUGGCACGCUGGAACUUUAUAUAGAGAAUCUGAAGAGAGAUCAUCCAGUUAUACAGAAUUAUUUUGGGACUUAAUCUUUGCGGCAGUUGUUCAGAAUUCAGGCGAUGCAUUAGUCGAAGAUAUUUCAGCAUCCAACAAAGCAAAUGUCUCCCUUAGUUAUCCUAUAUUUCGAGUGUGGUUGGAUGUCCAUAGUUAUCUAAACAUUUAUAGUUCGGAAGAUCUGAUUGAAAAAUUUUUACUUUUAUGGGAGAUGGUGUUGGUGGUUGUGAUGGGAACUCAUGCAUUCGACAUUUUCGAAAAUACUAGCAUCAUAUACACUACUUCUUAUGUAAUGGCUAGAAUGACCUUUGUAGUUUUAUUCUUAAGCUUUGCGGUACAACUUCCGAUGUUUCGUGCAUCACUUAUCACCCAAAUAUGGGGAAUCUUUAUUCCCUGCGUUUUUUGGAUCAUUUCCAUAUUCGUUCCGCAUGAACAAAAAUUGAUUGUCAUGUGUCAUGAUUUUGAAAAGGUCGAUGAUAUUUUGGAAAAAACCAAAGAACCAACUGUAACAAACGUUAUAAUCGAGAAACCGCACUUGGCAAUGAAAACGAAAGGGACGGAAUAUCAAAUGAGUUGGAAAGAUUUGUUUCUAAUAUUUAAAAAUCCAAAAUAUAAACAGGCUUUAAAUAUAGAACAUGGUAGCGAACGACUUGGUAUAUUUGCUAUUAUUUGUUUAGGAGAAGGGAUGUUUGGUGUAGUUUAUUCAAGUAACAACUCCAGACCUGAUUGGAUUCUUGGAAAGGCAAUUUUUGGUUUGAUAUUGGCAUACAAUUUACAUUGGAUAUAUUUUGACGUUGACGCCAGUAGACAAUAUCAACAUGCACUAAGAAGACAUGUAGUGACUGGUUUAUGUUUUGUGAUGAUACACUUCCCAUUGAAUGUCUCGUUGAUUGCUUUUGGCUCCUCAUUAAAACAAGUUGUACAAAUAAGAGAUUUCUCUGGCGCCGACAGCAUCCCGAUCUUUGAAAAUUCCCAUACUACUGAAUCACAUUCGUUUCCGAUGAACUUGCAAUGGUUACACUGUUGUUCUUUGGCCGUUGUUAUGUAUUGCUUUGCUAUAAUUGGAGUUUUGCACAGGGGAUUGGACAAUGUUAAUACUUUGAGAAUUUCAAAGAGAUAUAGGAUUUGCCUCCGUUUCGUAGUUGCAACGAUAUAUGUGUUUUUGCCUUUAGCAGAACUAAAUACAGUAAAUCUAAUGGCCAUAACUUCGUCCAUUUCCCUUUUCCUUGUAAUUGUCGAAACAUAUGGGAGACUUCGGAAAGAUGCGCCUCUAUUCUUCAAUUGUGACGAAGAUAUCAUCGACAAUGGAGAUUAUAAAAAAGUUCAUCGACGUUAUGUUAGAUGGAGAUGGGGAUCAACAGAUUUAAACAGAAAAGGAUGGACCAGUGGUAUAUUGAAAAAGAAAAAACCUAAUGAAAGUGACAAUACUAUAAAUGAAGAGGUUACCAAAGAUAAUGAAGUUGGCGUUGUAUUAGUUGAUUACGAGGAUGAGAGUAGGCAUUUGUGA